CGCGCAACUAAUCAAUCGGCGCGUCGAGUCGAGCAUUUUGCAAUAUGGCGUCGGGUCGAAAUUGUUGCUCGAAGAGAAUUGUUUAGCGAACGGUCCGCCGAUCGAUCGACGAAUACGUCGUACUUUUCAGUGUAUAAAUCCAAUGUUUACAUUUUCAUCUGAUUGGUUGAACGAAUUGUGAAAUGUUAAUGGAGUGGUCUAAGGACAAGACUUUGAAACUGAUAGAGCUUCUGCAACUGAAUGCCAAUUUGUGGAAUCCCUCCCUGUGUGACACGCGGAGGGAUAAACAAAAACGUAAGGAGGAAUUACGCGGAAUAGCUGACAUUCUGAACAUAUCUGUGUCGGAUGUCACAAAGAAAAUACAGCAUCUUCGGACGCAGUACAACAGGGAAUCCGCUAGAGAGGCGCGCGCCAACGACGAAGGCCUAAACGAAUGUUAUAUUAGCAAUUGGUACGCGUACGACUAUUUGCACUUUAUGAAGGACUCUAAUAAACCCUAUAGAGUUUUACAAUCGGAUAGCCAUCCAGAAAUCAACAUCACCCUGCAGUCGACAGAAAAUUCAACUCCUGGCUGCAAGAUAGACAACCUAUCACCACCUACUAAAAUAGCUCGCACAGACCUCAUCCAUUCAUUCAAACCUGAAAUAGUCUACCCCACAUCAUCAGUCAACAGGGACGAGUUUUCAGUGUUCGGGGAAUACAUUGCAAACGAACUGAGAUCUUUAAAAGGUGAAAAGAAUUUAUUGGUGGCAAAGAAGAAGAUUCAGGAUGUCAUAUAUGAAGUGAAAAUGGGUAUGAUAAGUGAUCCUCGUGUGGAACAAACGCAUACCUGCACAGUGUACAGUCCGUCAAACCAGCCACAUGCAACCAUUCACAACGGCAAACUGUACACAACACCAGUAAUGAGUACUAUACCUAUAGAAACCUUAACAACGUCUCAAGCUACACCAACUUCAGGGAUCAGUGAAAUAAUCAUCAACGGUGCAUGUCAUUACUCAACCUUUAAAGUGGACGAACAAUAGCAGUGUCAACCACUUCCCAGUGCGGAAGUGGGUAAAAGUGACAGUUACAUUAGGAACUAAGAGACUGAUGAUAUCAUAAGCUAAUGUUAUUUAUUUGUGUAGUUUGUGUUGAUUAGAAGAAUGUAUGACUUUGCAAAACUAGUGUAACAAUUAAUAAUAAAUUUAUUUUGCUGUUUGCAUAUGAAUGGAACUCACUUAGGGUGUAUUACUGUAUUCUCUACAGAUUCAACAAAUUGUAAAUAUUUGAUUUACUCCAACACUGGAAAAUCUUUAGUGUAAACCGAAAAAAUCAUGUAAAUUGUAAAAACAUUUAGUAUUAUGUGGAUUACACCAUAUGGGUUUGUCAGGUAUUCAUAAAAAAUUGCAAAAUAAA